AUGGCCGCGGAGCAGCGCUUUGUGAUCAGCGCACGCAUGAUCAGCGCCGUCCAAAGGGACGCGCCGAAACUUAAGGUGUUCAUGAUAUCAGUGUUAUGGUCCGAUGAGAGUGAGGUGAUUGUCUACAGGUCCUUUCAGGAUUUCAAGAAAUUUCAUAGGCAGCUGAAAAAGAAGUUCCCUCACUUUAAUCCUUUCCGGAGAAAUGACAGAGUGAUCCCCAGAUUUAAAGAGAAGGCCAAGGGGAGCGGCCUCCAGCAGAAAGCAGCCAAUCGAUCUGUCCAACGCAUGAAGAUCCUGGAGAGCUACUGCGACAAGCUGUUGAGGUGCAACCAAGCUGUGACUCAGAGCUCAGAGGUCACGCAGUUCUUCAUGCCCAAAGACCACGACCUGCAGUCAGACUUCACCAAGAACAGCGUCAUGAUCCUGCUGUCUGAAGAUCUGCCCGAUGGAAGCGGUGAUGUGGGGCACCAGCUGGCCGGCGGCGUCAGCCACCCGUUUAUCACCCAGACUUACCGCUGCCUGGCCGCUUAUGAGACAAAAGACACCAAGAAUCGCGAUUUCAUUGUUGCCAUGAAUGAGAAGCUGGACGUCCUGAUUAAAGAUCCUGCAGGUUGGUGGCUGGUGGAGAACGAGGAUAAGUGUCUGGCUUGGUUUCCUGCUCCCUACCUGGAGUUAUGGGAAGGAGAGGAAGAGGAUGACGCUGAGUUUCAGGAAGGAGGUUCCCUGUACAUUGCCGUGAGGAGUUACUUGACUAAGAAGAAUGACGAGGUGUCUGUGCCCAUUGGCUCUGUGGUUGAGGUGCUGAAGAAGUCUGACAACGGCUGGUGGCUCAUCAGAUUCAAUGACAAGGCAGGUUAUAUCCCAUCCAUGUACCUACAACCAUACAACAACCCACGGGCAGGCUUUUACAACCUGCAGAGAAGGAUGCAUAGCUCCACUCUGAACCUGGCAACCAGCAGGGAGCCUCAGGCGUCUUACCCAGACAGCAUCAGCGAAGAAAGCAGCCCACAGCUAGAUUCUGCAGGUGAGUCCAGAGGUGCGGCUGGGCGUCUCUACCAGGCCCGAUCUCUGGAUGCUCUCUCUGAGGCCUUGUCACAAACUCAGACGGAGAGGGACGCCUCCACGCCAGACGGCCGCACACGCAGCAGGAGCAACACAAGCUUCUCCUCCUCAAGCAGUGAGUCGUCCUCGAGUUUAAAAGAGGAAGCGCAGCAUCAGCGCCGCCGGCCUGAUGCCAGCGAGAGCAGCCCCGAUCUCAGCCUCUCACACCGCAGAGGCUCCAUCACGAGUUCCAGCUCCGGCUCUGUCACGUCCAAAGGCAGCGAGACGGCCUCGGUUGGUCCCAGAGUGCCACCCAGGCCCAAGACUGAGGAGAUCCUGAGCCGCUGCACCACCAUGACCCGCAAGGCGGCCCUGGCCACCAAGACCCGGCUUCAGAUUCAGCCAGAGUCCACCCACAGCCGCUAG